UUCCUGUUUCCGCCUGUCAGCCGUCGAGAUCAGAGACGCCUACUUGCCAUCCUCGUUGUGUUUAUAGUAGAUAGCUGUCUGUUCAAUCUAAUUGUAUACUAAUAUUUUCUGCAAAGCGUGCAAAGCCACGCCAUAAAGCGACCCAUUACAUGAUUUAAAAAGAAGCCAAUUUAGAAGCUGUAUCACUGACAUCAGAAUGGCUUGGCGUUUUAAAGCGUCCAAAUAUAAAAAUGCAGCUCCCAUUGUUCCUAAACCAGAGGCCUGUAUCCGAGACAUUUCAGUUGGUUCAUAUCAAACUUAUGGCAAUAACAUAGCAGCAUCUGCUGCAUUUAUGGCAUUUAAUGUAGACCAUAAUGGUUCUAGUCUUGCAGUAUUACCGUUAGAAGAUUACGGUAGAAAAAGUAAAACUAUGCCAUUACUGCAUGCUCAUGCGGAUACAGUCACAGACAUGGACUUUUCUCCCUUUCAUGAUGGAUUAUUAGCUACUGGCUCACAAGAUUGUCUUGUCAAAUUAUGGCAUAUUCCAGAAAGUGGUUUAGAAGAAUCAUUAUGUAAUCCUGAAUGUACAUUUUCUCAUCGUCAAAGAAGAGUGGAAGUAGUAUGUUGGCAUCCUUCAGCUGAACAUCUUCUUACAACAGUAUCAUAUACAAACCUAUCCUUGUGGGAUGUGAUUUCGCAACAAGAAUUAUUUUCUAACAAUGAACAUGCAGAUGUUAUCCAGUCUCUAAGUUGGAAACAAGAUGGUGUGCUUUUAGCAACAUCUUGCAAAGAUAAACAAGUGAGAAUUAUAGAUCCUCGAGCUCCCACUUGUAUUGUUAAUUCUUGUUCAAGCCAUCAAAGCAUUAAAGACUCCAGAAUUGUUUGGUUAAAUAACAGUGAUAAGAUACUUACAACAGGAUUUGAUGCAGCAAGAUUGCGGCAGAUUUACAUUAGGGAUUUGAGGCACUUAAAUGAACCUGUGAAAACAUUGGAAUUAGAUUGCAGCACAGGAAUUUUAAUGCCUCUCUUUGAUCCUGAUACAAAUAUGCUUUUCCUGGCUGGAAAAGGAGACACUACUAUUAUGUAUAUGGAAGUUAUGGACAAGGAUCCGUUUUUAGUGGAAGGGAUUCGGCAUAGCGGAGAACAAACAAAGGGAGUAUGUCUGGUACCGAAACGGGCAUUAAAUGUCAUGCAAGCAGAAGUUAAUAGAUUACUGCAACUUACUUCCAACAUGGUGAUACCUAUUAUGUAUCAAGUACCAAGAAAGACAUAUAGAGAUUUCCACGCAGAUAUAUACCCUGAUACAGUAGGUUAUAUUGCCCAAAAUAAUGCAGCAGCAUGGAUUAAAGGGCAUAAUAUGCCGGUUCCUAAAAUAUCAUUAGAUCCUGCUAAAAGGAAUAAAGGAGAAGAACCCAUCACUGUACACAAGGGAAAUUUAACAACGCUUAAAGAGAACGAGCGAGAAAUUAAGGUGGAACAAAAACAGCAAAAACCUAUAUCCAUUGCUACACCAAAGAAUUACACGAAGGCUCAAGAAGUCAACGAAAAAGAAUCAGUAUCUGAAAACGACUUCGAGAAGAUAGACGAACCGAAGAAGAUUGAUGUUGAAGAAGACAAGAAUAAAGUUCAAAAUGGAGGACAAACAAUUCCACCGAAACCUCUACCAAGAACGUCAAGAACCAAUAGUAUUUCCGAGGAUGAACCAAAGCCAGUUGCGCGUCCUCGUACUUCACCAAACGUGGGCUCUGUAGUUACAUCCGUAAAUCCUAAUGCGGUUGGGGGAUAUAAGCCUCGGUUGGGACCAAAACCGUUUCAAGCAAAAUCUGGAAGCCAGGACUUUUCAUUCGAUAAAAUCUUUUCUGUCCCCAUUGCGCCGAACUCUGACACUAACGGCUAUCAAAAUGAUUUGAACAAUCAAAUUGAAAAUAACACAGAACCUGAAAAAUCACCGUCUUUCAACAAUGAUCGUAUUAAAGAAGCGGAGAAUGGAAAGAGCGAUUCCAGUUCAUUGGAGGAGGAUGCAAAUUCCAGCGACUCCGGUUACAAACCAAAGACGCCGAGCACGGCAGAGAGACGUAAAGUCUUUGAGAUAAAAGUUAAAGACGAAUCUCCAGAAAAUGAAGAGCUUGGUAAUUUCGAGCGGGGUAAUGCGAACAGAAAUUCUAUUGCUGAAAGACGACGACUUUACGAAAGUCGUUCUGUAUCUGUGACCGAUGGAAAUUUGGCGGAAAAAGCGAUGGGAUCGCCAACCAUGUUGAGACGCAGAGACUCGUUCAAAACAAAGAGUGAGGUGAUUAAAGAAGACGAGGUGAAAAAAGUAAUCUCUAUGCUGCGCCAACAAAGUAUGGAUCCACGUUUAGAAAAAGUAGAUAACACUGUAACACCAACGCCUAAAAGAACAUCGACUGUGUUUGGUAGAGUAUCAAAAUUUCGACACUUGAAAGGAACACCUGGUCAUAAAUCUACGCAUAUUGAAAAUAUACGGAAUAUCAGUCGACAAAUAUCUGGAGAAUGUGACGGAUUUCAUGCUAAUCCUGAUCGUGUCGCUGUACCAUUAAGUGGACCGGGUGGUAAAAUAGCAGUAUUGGAAUUGAAAAAGACUGGAAGACUACCAGACGGUGUAAUGCCAGCAUUAGUGCACGGUGCGACUGUCAUGGAUUUCCAAUGGAAUCCAUUCGAUAAUCAACGAUUAGCUGUUGCAUGCGACGACGGAAUGAUUCGAUUAUGGGAAAUACCAGAAUCUGGAUUAUCAGAACCAACGAAUGAACCAAAGCACAUUAUAAAAGCUCACACGGAUAAAAUAUAUCUAAUUAAAUUCCAUCCCUUGGCAUCGGAUGUUUUGGCAUCAGCCUCUUAUGAUAUGACCGUAAAAAUCUGGGACCUAACGCUUUUGUCAUCCUGCGAAUUGGUAGUCCCAAAAAUAACGUUGACAGGACACACUGAUCAAAUAUUCAGUCUAGCAUGGUCACCUUGUGGCCAAUAUCUGGCGAGUACAUGUAAAGAUGGAAAAUUACGAAUUUAUAAACCAAGAUCCAGUGAUGUACCAAUAAAGUCAGGAAAAGGACCCGUUGGUACGAGAGGUGCACGAGUUAUUUGGGCAUUGAAGGGUCAAUUUCUCGUUGUAAUGGGUUUCGACAAAGUUUCAGAGAGACAGAUAUACGUAUUUAAAACGGACAAUCUUAAUAACCCUUUAACUACAGUUGGGUUAGAUGUGUCACCUGCAAUUUUGAUGCCUUAUUACGACGAAGAUAGUUCAACUUUAUUUUUAACAGGGCGUGGUGACUCAACGAUAUAUGCUUUCGAGGUAACAGAAGAACCACCAUACUGUUGCCCACUCAGUCACCACCGAUGUAGCAGUUUACAUCAAGGUUUAUCAUUUCUUCCCAAAAACAAAUGCGACGUUGCUAGUGUAGAAUUCGCAUCAGCUUUAAGAUUAACUAAUAAUACGAUUGAACCUUUGAGUUUUACAGUCCCACGUAUAAAGAGUGAACUUUUCCAAGACGAUCUAUUUCCACCGACAAAAGUUACAUGGAAGCCAACUAUGACCGCCACCGAAUGGUUUAGUGGUGCAAAUAAGCAAGCAUAUAGAAUAAGCCUAAAACCACCUGGCAUGGAUAACUUAACUGAAAAUCAGGGCCAAGGGGUUGUUACCGCACCCGUUGCAGCGAAACAACAAUCUACAGCUCCAUAUUCUGGAUCCGCGCCACCUUUCAGCAGACUUGGAUGGAAUUCUGAUGUAAAAGCUAAACAAGAAGAGAUCCAGAAAACUAUGAGUAACUUUGUGGGAGAUGUAAUACAAUGCUCCUUGGAACAGGAUCACAUGGAAGGUGUAGAAGAGCACGAAUGGGAUGAGUGAAAAUUGAGCAGCAUUAGUAGGUCAUUUAAAUAAACUGGUAAGAUAAAAUAAAUUUAAAUGUAGUUGUUCAAAACGUAACUUAUUUUUAAGUUAAAGGCCACAUCAUAAGCGAAAAUAUUUCGAUAUUAAUGUGUACGUGGUAAAAGAUAUUUAUAAUUGAAAUAAUACUUCCAAAAAUGUUUAAUUCAAAAACGCUAACAAUAUACGUGUAAUUUUUUAAAUUGUGGGUAAUUUUUUUACAUAGAUGUAAUCAGUCGCAUUAUCGUACCAAAUUAAAUCUGAAAAUGUAGCAAAGAGUGAAUACCAAAACCUUUAAAUUUCAUAACAAAAUUCUUAUAAUGUUCUUGUAAAAAAAGAUAUGAUUGCAGAUAUCAUCGUAAAUGAUUUUUAUUAGCUGCCAUCUUAUGACUUACUUGGUGUUGAUAUUAAUUAUGUAGAAUAAUUAUUGUAAGAACUGUAGUAGAGAUUUAGAUUUACAAAUAUUCUCAAACUAUCAGAAUUUGACAAUAGUUUUGAUUACACUAAGUAACUUUGAAAUUAUUCGUGCUAUUUAAAUAUGUUUCUAAUACUGAAUGAACACCAAUUUCUUCAACAACUUUAUCUCCUUAUUUUUAAGGUAUACCAUUCAUAAUUAGAAAAUAUGAGGUUGUUUAUUAGAAAUGGGCACUGUUUGAAUAUGUGUGUUUACAAUUUUUUGUACUAGUUUCCUUUCAUUUUUUUGAUUUAAAAAAAAAAGACGAAUUUAAUAGUUGUUAAUAUUGCUCAACAAGCAUUGCUCUUUUCUAUUGCAGUGACAGUAUCUAUAAUCUACAAAUAUUAGUCUCGACAAAAUAUGUGAUUUUUACAACACGUAUCUAUUGAAACCACAUAACAUUCUUUAUUUAACAGAGCAUUAUCAAUGAUAAUCUCAGCGUAUACAUCAUUGUAAUGUAAUCAUCAUACGUGUGAUAUUAGUAAACGAUACCUUUUUCACGAAUCAAGAAUAGAAAUUUUUACGAUUCAUUAUAAUAUUUACACGCACAUGUUAUCUGGGACGAAUGAUAAAUGAAAAUUACAUGCAUUAAAUUGUACGGCGAAGUAUACAGAUCAUAACUUAUCACAUGUUCAACGCUUUUCAGAAACCUAAAUGAUAAUGCAACGAUUGUCUCAAGUGUAGUGAAUAAAUCAAUUUUCAUACUUUUCCAAUUGCGCCAAAAUAUUUGUAGAAACGAACAGCUAAAGACCCAUUGAUUAUACUAUAAAUGUAAAACAAGUUUCUUAAUUCAUGUGUCAUUGAAACGUUAAAGUGUAAAUUCCACGUUCAUCAGUGACUAAGAAAGGAAUGAUUGUUUAGAAACAAGAGAAGCAUUUCAGAUUACAUAUAGAAAGCUAUAACAUAGAAUAAAUUUAUACUUUCAGUAAUCUAAUAGAAGUUAAGAUUAAUAUCAUAGAAAUGGUUUACUAUUUUAUAUAAUAAUUUAUUGUUUUUAUAAAAUAUAUUCAUUUACAAUUUUAUAUAAAUAUAAUCUCUCGUUAGAUAGAACAUUUUUGAAUGCAGUAAAAUAUUGUUCGUAAUAAUAGUUUUUGUAAUAACUCAGAAUAUGCUGAGGUUCCUAUUUGUGUGAUUAACCACAAUUUUAUACGACCACAAAUCCUUUCACUUUAGUAUAAAACAUAUAAUAAAUAAACAUGGAAUUUACAUUUUAAUCUGUAAAUCACGCACACUUUAUACUUUUAUAUUUAAAUGUCGAUUAAUUAAUCAUAUGUAAAAAUGAAUCUUAUGGUGCUAUCACUCUUUUGACAGAUCCUAAUUCCCCAUAGUUACUGAUGAAAGUACAUUAUGUAUGAUUAUUGCUCAGUUUACUCAACAAGUUAAAGUAACAUUCCACUUUUCUAUCUUGCUAUGUCACGAACAUAAGAUCUUAUCCUACAAGAGAUUAAGGAGGUGCCAAAAAUUUCAUACGAUAAUUAAAGAAUAAAAUGGAGAUGUUCAUAAAUUAAACUUUUUUAUACAAUGGGCUUAACAUCUAAAAGCUUUACACUUAUAAAGCUAUAUAUUUUUCUCAAUAUUGAUCACAGUUUUUUUAUGAUGUUUUAGAAAUAUAAGGUUUCUAAUAGAACAGAAGUAAUGACAAAACUUUUAUACAUAUACAUCAGGAGUAAAGAACUGAAACAAAGAGGAACAAGGUAAUACUUCGCUAUAAAAAGAAAAUAUUACUGCCAUUUAAUCGUCCGUACUAUGAGUCACAUUUGUAUGUCUAAAUAAUCAUCCGUCGGAUAUUUUACAACUGAGAAACGUCAUUGUUGCAUAUGCUAUUCGUCUUUGCUUAUGAAAAGAUUGUAUAUUUCUGUAGUUUCCCACAACUUUCGCAAUAAUAUUAUCAAAAAUUAUAGAUUGAAAAAGAUUCGUUCAUUCUAUUAAUCUCUUAUUAAAGUACAUGAUAGUAAGAUUGGUUAAAUAUCCAAAAGUUUAUUUUAAAAUAAAAAAAAAAUUAAUUUUAAAACAUAAUACUCCAAAACAUUAAAGCAAUAGAUUUCUAAUUAUUUUCAUAAUGUAUAAUUAAUGUAUAAUUAACAAAAUUUAUUCAUAAGAAUUACUUUAAUUGCAACAAGAAGUUUCUUAGUGUUCAAUAUUGCACUAUGACUGAUUGCUAAAUAACUUUAUCAUGUAGUAAUAAACCUUUGUAUCGCCCUUAUACCUUUUACAUGUAUUUCACUUAUAAAUCUUUUUAUCAAAGACAUA